AGAGAGAGAGAGAGAGAGAGAAGGGGAGGAAUGCUGCAGGAAAAAUCAGCAUAGAUCUGGUGUGUCCAGUGAACAGACAGGCGGCUCAGAUGCCGCGGAGGAUUCCUCACGCCCAGAAAACGCGAUCGAGACACAGACGGCGAGCCCCAGCUACUCGGGAGGAAAGAAUAUCCAUGGACCCAUGAGUGGCCACUUUGGUUUUAGGCUUUUUUUUUCUCAUUUAAUGGGAAAAGACUAGCUGGAAUGCACCGCUGUUGCUGCUGAAGACCUUCACGUUUCAUUCGGGGCCGUUUCCUCUGAGCCCCAGAGCGCCGCCAAUUUCUGUUGACAUCGUUUGCCUGCUCUAAGCAUCGCCCUGAUUCCUGCUGGUUAUAGGGUGUAGAAUAAAACUCAGAGAAAGAGAGAGAGAGUCACAGGGGAUAGCGGAUUUGUUUCGCUUGUUUACGCGCCUUCACGAUCGUAAACAAAAGCAGGAGAAUCCAAGUCCUUGCUUUCCUGCCUGCUCCUUCUGCGCGUCUGUUCUGCAUUCAUUUUCAGUGAGCCUGGGUUCCUGGACGUCAGAAGGAAAAAAAAAAGAAAAUGAUUUCAAAAAUCAAAGCAGCAUUCAUCACAACUAAUUCUUACGAAUGACGUGAUGGUAACCACAUGUGAAACAUUUCCUUUGGAUUAAAGUUAGACACUGUAAAGGUAAGCAGUUGCCUGUUCUCUCAUCAUCAUGGUUGUUUUCAACGGCUUGCUGAAGAUAAAAGUCUGCAAAGCUCUGGACCUAAAGCCCACACCGUGGUCAUUGCGCCAUGCAGUGGGACCCAAGACACAGACAUUCCUGCUGGACACAUACAUUGCUCUCAAUGUUGACAAUUCACGCGUGGGCCAGACCUCCACCAGGCAGAAGACCAACAGCCCGUCAUGGAAUGAUGAGUUUGUCACAGAAGUGUACGAUGGAAAGAAGAUCGAGCUCUCAGUUUUCCAUGACUCCCCAAUCGGGUAUGAUGACUUCGUGGCCAACUGUACCAUUCAGUUUGAAGAUUUGCUGCAGAACGGCAGUCGACACUUCGAAGACUGGAUUGACCUGGAGCCUGAGGGUAAAGUCUACGUCAUCAUCGACUUGUCAGGAUCCUCUAGCGAAGCUGCUGCAUCUGGGGAAAAUGAAGAACGAGUGUUCCGUGAGCGCAUGCGACCCCGUAAGCGUCAGGGGGCAGUGCGCAGACGUGUCCAUCAGGUGAACGGACACAAGUUUAUGGCCACUUACUUGAGACAGCCUACUUACUGCUCCCACUGCCGUGACUUUAUCUGGGGUGUAUUAGGAAAACAGGGAUAUCAGUGUCAAGUCUGCACCUGUGUAGUUCAUAAAAGAUGCCACGAGCUCAUCAUAACAAAGUGUCCCGGGCUAAAGAAGCAGGAUGACACUCCAGAGGAGGUUGGCUCUCAGCGCUUCAGUGUAAACAUGCCUCACAAGUUCAGUAUUCACAAUUAUAAAGUCCCCACCUUCUGUGAUCACUGCGGUUCUUUACUUUGGGGGCUGAUGCGGCAAGGACUUCAAUGCAAAGUUUGUAAAAUGAAUGUUCACCGGCGUUGUGAGUCCAAUGUAGCUCCUAACUGUGGGGUGGAUGCGAGAGGGAUAGCAAAGGUUUUGUCUGAUCUGGGAGUGACACCAGACAAGAUCUCUAACAGCACCCAGCGCCGGAAAAAGUUGACUCCAGGGCAGGAUGCCCAGCCAGCCACUUCAGAGCCAACCUCAUCAGAAGAAUCUGAUCGCUGCAAAUCAGCUCCGACAUCACCUUGUGAACAGGAGCUGGCCGAGCUUGAAAGCAUACGUAAGGCUUUGUCAUUUGGCCAAGAGCACAAGUCUUCCUCGUCCUCCUCCUCCAUGGCAGCUGGGCUCCAGGGCUCAGUAAACGACGGCCAUGAGAACGGAGAUCUGAAGAGUGUUCAGUCAAAGAGGAUGAGCCUUGAUCACUUUUCAUUUAUCAAAGUGUUGGGAAAAGGCAGCUUUGGAAAGGUGAUGCUGGCUGAACUGAGAGGCACAGAUGAGGUUUACGCUGUAAAGGUGUUGAAGAAAGACGUCAUACUGCAGGAUGAUGAUGUCGACUGCACUCUGACUGAGAAACGCAUCCUUGCUUUGGCCAGAAAACACCCCUACCUGACCCAGCUCUUCUGCUGCUUCCAGACCAAGGAUCGGUUAUUCUUUGUUAUGGAAUAUGUGAAUGGAGGGGAUCUAAUGUUCCAGAUCCAGCGCUCGCGGAAGUUCGAUGAGGCCCGUUCACGUUUUUAUGCUGCUGAAGUCACAUCUGCCCUCAUGUUCCUGCAUCAAAAUGGAGUCAUCUAUAGAGACCUAAAGCUUGAUAACAUUCUGCUGGAUGCCGAAGGGCACUGCAAGCUGGCAGACUUUGGCAUGUGUAAAGAGGGAAUUCUGAAUGGUGUCACCACCACCACCUUCUGUGGCACUCCAGACUACAUUGCCCCUGAGAUCCUUCAAGAGUUGGAGUAUGGCCCGUCAGUGGACUGGUGGGCUCUGGGCGUGCUGAUGUACGAGAUGAUGGCAGGUCAGCCACCAUUUGAGGCCGAUAACGAGGAUGAUCUGUUUGAAUCCAUUCUCCAUGAUGAUGUGCUCUACCCUGUCUGGCUCAGCAAAGAAGCAGUCAGCAUCCUCAAAGCAUUUAUGACGAAGAGCCCGAAUAAGAGGCUGGGCUGCGUGGUGUCUCAGGGGCUGGAGGAGGCCAUUAAAGUUCAUCCUUUUUUUCGGGAGAUAGACUGGGUCCUGCUGGAGCAGAGGAAGAUCAAGCCGCCAUUUAAACCACGCAUUAAAACCAAGAGGGACGUGAACAAUUUUGACCAGGAUUUUACACGUGAGGACCCCAUCCUUACCCCCGUGGAUGAUGCCAUUAUUAAGCAGAUCAACCAGGACGAGUUUAAGGGCUUCUCCUAUUUUGGAGAAGAGGCGCUAUCUUAAAUGUCAACCUCUCAGCACCUGUUCAGACACACAUACAACAACAUUCUCUCUCUCUCUCUCUCUCACACACACAUAUACACACACAUACAGACACAAAAACACCAACGCACACAUACAAGGGGUGAUAAAUGUGGACAGAAAUGCUGAUAUCGGGGUCGAGGCAAGAGGUCCGGGUGUGCGUCUGAAGCUACUACUGCUUUUGUUCUUUUCCACCUCCAAAUCGCUUCCUCUUGCCUUCUUUCACUUCAGCUCUUUUUUUUCCCAUCCUCGCCUCUCCAGCCUCACUGAUGCUUCAUUUAUUUAAAGCGAUUUCCGAAACUUCUCAGAUCGUCUGCUUUUGGAGAAGAGGGCAGGAUUGCACUAUGUUGAACCAAAUUUGAUUAUACCAAUGAUUGUAGUAACAUUAGCAAUCACAUCUCUGACAGAAAUGAAGAGAAAGCGCUGACAACGAUAUCCAAAAAGGAAGAAUACUAUCCUGCAUAAAUGACAAUGUAAUGUGUUGUACUGUGCAGUCGAAAUCCUUUGUGUGUAUUCAGGUGAACAUUUUGGGAGCAAUUUUAUUAAUGAUAAUGCUACUAUACAGUAUAUUUCUUGAUAGUGUUAUGAAGACCUGCUAUAUGUGGGUUGUGUUGACCGGUCGGUCCGUGCCCGUGUGCAUGUGUUUGCAUGAACGAGUGACCAUGCAACAUCUUUUUUUUUCCCUCACACAUUCAUUCUUUUUUUUUUCUGGCUGCUAUGUAUGUCUAGUGACCUGCCACUAUGCAACAGCAGACAUAGAGGCCAGUGCCCAAAGCUGUCUUGCCCUUUGUCCAGAGCAUAAUGUGCAUCAUUUGUGCUCUAAAGCCUGUGAAAGCUUCAACUAGAAUAGUCAACUGUUGCAUGGUCUGGCAAAUGAUGCUAUUUUUGAGUUGUAUUAUGUACGUACGUGUGUGGAGAGAGUUUCUGAUACUCAUGUGCAAUACACUGAACAUAUUUGUCUGUUAUUCUUCUUAGUCUUUUGCUGUUAUUUUUGUUUUUUGUUUCUCUUACGUUGGUUCUUUCCUGCCCAUCAGCCCUGCUGAUAUUAAAUGGAGAUGAGUGUUCGAUGGGUCAGAAGCCUGGCUAAACAGCAGGAUGUUGAUGUUGACUUAAUGAGGAAGCUCUCUCUCGCUCUCUCUGUCUCUCUCCCUCCCUCUCCAUUUGUCUACACAACUCUUAUGUACAUAACGCAUAAACUGUGGAAUGUAGUUUAAAACUGUGUGCUUGCUCAUAAUUUAUUUUAUAUCGUACGCAUAGUGAUCCUCUUGUGUCAAUAAGCGGGUUAUUUCCUGCUUUCGCAUGUUUCGGAUAACUAAGCCUUGCUAUUACAUAACUCAUGAAUUCUUACAUAAGGUUUUCCCUGUUCCAUCUUACACAUUUAAUAAUGAAAUCAGUUAUUUAUGAAAUGUGAACAAACAUGACAGAAAGGUCAAUAAGAGAAACAGGGUACAUUUCAGGCGCACUAAUUAAACCUUACUGGAAUGUGACAUCUUUGCUUGAACAACUCAGUGGCAAUUUGACAAAUCUUUUUUUUCCCAAGUUGUUAUUUUUGACCAUUCAUCAUUUCUACUUUUUUCCCUUGGUUUUAAGUUUUUAUUCUUUAAAACCGCAUUGUUAUUUAACUGUUUGUAGCCACAUGCCAAACUUUCACUGCGCUGUUAAUUUUUUUUUCUGUCCACUUUAUUUUCUACUGUAUAUGAAUGAAUUUGCUAUUUAGGAAUCCACAAUGGUGUGUCUUCUAAGUAAAUAAAAAGAACUAGCUAAAAUAUUACCUCUUAAAUUAAGUACAAAUGUUUGUCUGGCUGAAUAUUAAAUAUUUGUGCAUACAGUAUUACAAUACAUGAGCAUUUCACAAUGUAUGAUAGUGCUGUAUGUAUUAUAUACAUCUUGUAUUAGAUUUUAGUUUGUUUGGUGAAGUUUUGUGUGAACAGAAAAAUCUAUCUCUCUUUUUUUCCUGGAUACUCUCGCUAUCUUUCCUUUAGUGUAAGCAUUUUAUUAUGUGCCAAACGUACUGUAAUCUAAAGGAUGUGAAUGUGUUUGGUUUUUCUUUUUGAUCCUAUUAAACUAUGAUGUCAA